CAUUGUGGAAGCGUACGUCGUAUUGAGUGUUUGGUGCUCGUCGUUUAUAAACAUUAGAACAGUUAAAGUUAUUUACAUGAAAGUGAAUUAUGUAUGUUUAGGGAAAGUUUGCUUUCUGCAACAUGCCAUGCGCUGUCGUAUUUGGUAGAAAUGAAGCUGUGUACUUGAAGCAGUGAAGUGACACCCCUGUCAAACAAGGAAAAAUGAAGAAAGCUGAAAUCAUCUGGCUGUUCUUGCUCACACUGAUAUCCGAAAUUCUUUGUCAGGAAGACUACAGUACGUGCUGCCAUAGUGGGCCCGUGUGUUCUUGUGCUUCCCAUAUAAAUUUUGAUCGCGAAACCCAUGGGAACGUGGAUAUCAACUCCAGUGACUGUCUUGUCUACAAGAUACGAAAUGUUUCAGAAUGUGAUUCCUUCAAAUUUGACGGCAACAUGAAUGAAAGGAGAUUAGGCUCAGUACGUUUGCAUCCAGUUGUAAUAAACUUCUCUUCAAAUCUCAAUAUGUCUUUCAUCAAUGUGAAAUGGACAAAACUGCAGUUUCGUCUGAGUGGCAUGGAGAGGAGUUGGUCUCUUUGCCGAACCAUAGAACUGAGUAAGAGAGCAGCAAAGCGGUUCAAUAUUAAGGAGUUGUUUUACAGUUGUCGACUCCUCAGUCCCAAUAUGACUGACCAAAACAUCAUGUUAGAAUACCAUGCAUCUGGUGGAACACAGGAUGAAUUUGGUAGAUUUACCUUCAGGCUGGACUCACCAAUAGACAGGUCAGUGCGUUUUACACCAAAGUGGAAAAAUAAAUUUGUGUACAUUGAAUGGCAGCUGCCAUUGCUGAUAGCUCAUUGGCAUCAUCCCUUUAGUGAAGAGCCUGCAAAAUAUGAAGUGGUUGUGAGGAGAGAUGGUAAAAUAAAACAGAAGGAAAAGUUUUUCUCUGACAAUGACUGCAAUAUUGCUGACUUGGGAAUGGAAAUGAAGUAUGAUACAAUGCACUUCCCAGGUUAUUAUAUUUUUGAAGUUACGAAGGUGUGUGCACCACAGCAAGAUUGUGACGAUCCCAGCACAGCAACUGUCAAAAUAGCUCCUGUCUCCCGUUUGCUGCAGUAUAUCAGCCUGAGUAUUCUAUUCCUGCAGUCUGUUGUGGUACUGAUUAUUCUGUGGAUGACAGCUCAGUGGUACCGUGCAUUUUCGGGUAAACCGAAUGUAUUGGUUAUGUAUUCCCCAUCAAGAGGUGCCCAUGUGAAAGCUGUUCGAGAGUUGGUCAACUUCCUACAAGAGCAUUGUCGUAUGAAUGUACUUUUUGAUUUGGAUGAUAUAAAAGUCAGCCCAGAUCCAGAUCCCGUCCGCUGGUACACCACAUCCUUAGGAAUUGCAGAUUAUGUUCUGAUGGUUGCUUCACCACCUCCUCCAGGGAUUCCUGAUAAAUUUGGCUGUCUACAUCCGGCGUUCAACCUGGAACAUGGAGCAGGGGAAUCAUUAGUUGAUCCGGACCUUUUGUCGAUGCAGUUACUAGCACCUUGUCUAGCUAGACGACGACCUCGCGUUGUAGUUUGCCUACCUCCUGGCACUACUGUCCAGCAUUUGCCACCAGAAAUCCGCACUUUUCGCACCUACUGCUUGCCUGCAAAACUGGAACCCAUGCUGCGAGCACUGCGCGGUGUUGGUACCGUUCUUCCAUGCUUGCCACCACCUCCUGGAGCAGAACGUAAUAGAGCAGAAGCCCGCACUCGAGUGUGGGCUGCCAUGAAGGCAGCAGAGCGAGAUCUGAGGGAACGGCCACCCGCACCAGGGUCCCUCUCUCCCUGGGAACGACCAUGUCCAGAGCAUUCAAAUUUAUCUAAAUUGGAAAUUCCAGUAAAACAAAAAUCUCCACUUCAGAUGGAAAUUAGCCUUGAGAAAUCCACUGGUGAGCUUCCUGGACAGAGGCAGAUUGUCACUAAUAAGGCGUAUCCUGGAUGCAUUGAUGAACUUAACCUACUGAAGUCUGAUGAUGAGGAAAAGGAGCCAGAUGAGGAAAAGGAGCCAGAUGAGCAACAAGAAGUGCAGGAAGAGGAUAUGCAGGAUCUUUUACACGAUUUUGCCCUCUGAUUUAAAUGUGCCAUUUUUUUGCCAUUGUUUAUUCUCUUGUAGGAUAGUAGUAUCUCCCUUGUCCCACUCUUCCCCUGGCACAAAAUUUCCUUCAUCAAUAGUUUAUUUUAUCACUUGGCAACAGAUAGCUUUUUCCACUUAUGUUUCAUAGCUCCAGACAUUUUGUCAUAUACCCUUUGGACAGGGUGACGGAUAUCAAUAUGGUAUUUAGUAUAACAAAAAAGAAAGGAUUUCACUACAUAAGAAGGAAUAAUUUAAAGAGCUUCACUGCCAGUGUAGUAAAUUCUUCUAUACCUAGAUCAGGAUAACAGUGUUUGACAGUAAGUUGCUAUCUGGACAGAUGCCAUAGCAAUAACCAAUCAGAGAAUGAGGUAUAUCACAUCAUGUACUCGUUCCACUAUAAUCAUAUUGCGCAGUUGCUAUCAAUUACAGAUUAUGCUUGUGGCUGACAACAUAAUUGUAAGAUUUGUUUCUACUAUGAACUUUUUUUUUCUGUGUAGGAAUUUAAUCUAAUACAACUGAUGCAUUCAACUACCAGCAAGAGCAUGCAGAAAAGUGCUGAGUCACUUACAAUCCUGUAAAGCGGGUUCAAUACUGUUCAUUAAUGGGAGCUGUGUUAACAUACACAGUUCAGAACCACACAGUGGCUGCUACAGCUAUGAUAUUUUAUGCACAAGUCAUCGUGAACUGAAAAUAUCUGCCCAAAUAUCACUCUGUUGUGCUCGACUGUCAGAUCACACUGGCGUCCUGAUCCAGAUAUAGAAUCUCAUGUAAAUCAGAAAACCACAAGGCAAGUUUGAUAGUAGGUAUUUUCUUCAUGUCACCAAGAAAUUGAACUGUUUCCUCUGAUGUUGAUUUUAAGUACCACAGUC